UUGCUGUCGUGACGCCACAAGUGCGCGACGGUCCUGCACCGACGCAGAGUUAGUCGUGCGCUGAAAAGCCUUAUGUUGUCAUUGUAGUUUGCUGAAAUUAAGUUCAGUUGCAGCCUCCAAUCAUGUUGGUUGUCGGAAAUAGAAGGACUGAAAUGAUGGAGAUUCUCUUUAGCAACAGAGAAACCAUGGAUUACGUCCAGUGUUGCUGCUCCAGAGUCUUCGUCCAGGACCGAGAGUUGUACCGUUCUGAUAACAGAGUGUUUGACCCAAGACUACGUGAAGCCAAAGAAUCUGAGGACUGUGGCAGUAACGAUGAAGAAGAAGAAGACCAAGGCAAAGAAGCACUCGAUGAAGAGAGUUUACUGAUGGCGAGCAUGGGCUUACCACUGGCCUUUGCAAGCUCUUCCAAGAAGCUCAAGAUGAAGAAUGGAGAAUACAGAAAACAGUCUACUCAUCAUAUAGAAGGCGACGAAAACUCGGACCCACCUGCGAUUUCAGCAGUUUGCCCUGACAUUUCGGAUGAUGAGACGGACCAUCAUUCAGUGUUUGAAGAUCAACAGAUUGAACUACAAGAGGAAGUUCCUGAAAAAAAAGACGUGGCUUCUGGCUGGGAGUCAUACUGGGCUCAAUAUGGUGAGGGCCUACUUUGGAGUAGUUGGCUGGAGAAACACCCUGAGUCCACGGAACAUGCUGAAAAAUUCACAGCUAUAUGGGAUGAUGAAGACCCCAAGACUGACUGGGAGCAGCAUGUGACGGACACCUACAAUUCUUACUGGCAUCAGUACUGCUACUGGACAGCUCUGGGGUGGACGACCGAGCAGAGUCACAGUGAAGACUCACCUGCAACAGUUCAGGAAUUGUACGAAGACCAAAAGAUGCCUUUAUGUCAAGAGUCUAAUAACGCUGGAACUGAGAAAGCAAAUGGUUUUCUUCAGGAAGAUUAUUUGAUAGAUCUUUUUGGAAGCACAUGCUCACUGGGUGGAGAGCCUGUAAGCCAUCCUGGUGUUGCAGAUCAACCGUCUGAUGGUGCAAAUGGGGAAAAGAUUUCAGAUUCAGCCACGCAACAAAAUAAAGGACCACAAACAGCUCCUCAGAACCCCCCUUCAAGCUCCAACUGGACAUGUGCAUCUAAAUCCAGAAUUAUGUUGCGGUCUGGAGAAGAUGAAGAAGAUGACAACAAUCCCCCAUCCGGCAAAACCGAAGCAAUCAAGCGCAGUCAUGAGCUGGAUGUGGAAGAGACCCCAAAUCUGACCCCUGAGGAAACCUUGAGCGAACUUGGACUUAGAUGCAACCCUAAACCUUUGUUUGUCAUCAAACGUAAAUAUGAAGGCAGCUCACAACAACAAUAUCAAAGGAAGAAAAGAGCGGCAUGCAAGAUCAGGAAACAGACCAACUUCUCUGAGAUGAGUGGAGACGACACGCAGAGUACAAGCACUCUCUCCAAGGUCAAAGACUUUCUCAAAACAAGGUUUAUAGACACAGAGAGCCUCAGCGAUCAUGACCCAGUUACAGUACUAGAUCCUGAAGACACCACAACAGCUGAAAGAACUGCUCCGGAACUGACGGACUCCAGUUCCGUACUGGGUGAAGAAAGUGGGAAGGAACAGGAAUCAAGCCUGGAUAGUCGGCUCCUCGGCAGUGACUUUGCCGUGGAGGAGGAAACUGGGGCAUGUGAGGAGCCCGAACACAAUGGAAGAGGUGGUCCACUUGAGUCUUUGGAAAUCCCAGACUUCCUCCUACCUCAGCCAUGCGUGGAUGCUAAAGUUGGGAAGAAGCCGAAGAAGAAACGGAAACUGAGGAAAACUUGUCCACAGAUUCCCGAGGAGAUGGAAGCAGACCCAGACCUAGCCAAAUACUGGGCUCAGCGCUACAGACUCUUUUCCCGCUUUGAUGAAGGCAUCAGGUUAGACAGAGAGGGCUGGUUCUCCGUGACUCCAGAGAGGAUUGCUGAGCAUAUUGCCUUCAGAGUAAACAGCACUUUUGGUGAAACAGAGCUUGUUAUUGACGCAUUCUGUGGAGUUGGAGGAAACGCAAUCCAAUUCGCACUAACCGGAAAACAAGUCUUGGCUAUUGAUAUUGACCCUCUGCGUUUGGAACUUGCGCACCAUAAUGCCACCAUAUAUGGUGUGGCUGAUCGAAUUGAGUUUGUGCAAGGGGACUUCCUGCAACUUGCCCCUCAUCUCCGCGGUGAUGUUGUCUUCCUGUCACCUCCUUGGGGUGGGCCAAACUACCUCACUGCAGAGGUGUUUGACCUUGGCACCAUGAUGGAACCCAAUGGAUUCCAGAUUUUUCAGCUGGCCAGGAAGGUAUCUGAAAAUAUUGUUUUCUUUCUGCCUCGCAACGCUGACAUGGACCAGAUAAUCUCCUUGGCUUGUCCUGGGGGGAAGGUGGAAGUCGAGCAGAACUUCCUCAACAACAAAUUGAAGACGAUCACAGCUUAUUUUGGAAGUUUGAUUAAGUCUGACAAGUGCUGAAACAGACAUUUUUUUUAUCUUCUGAUCUUGUUACACAUACAGAAUUCUAUUGUUUUUAUAUAUGUUGUUUUUAAAACAAGAAAUUGCCAAAUAAACCAAUUUGGGCAAAAACAAUGUU